UUCCGGCGUCUCGUUCCCGGCUGCCUUGCUAGGCCUAUCGGCCCGGCCCCGCUCGCCAUAUUGUCGCCGGAGGAAGGAAGGAGAGGAAGGAAGCAGCGGAGGCGGCGGGAGGAGCAGGAGGCGUCGGAGGAGCGCGAAGGCCGGCGCGACGGAGGCAGGCAUGGAAACCAUGGCGAGCCCAGCAAAAGAGAACAACUAUAGAAUGAAGAGUUACAAAAACAAGGCGCUGAAUCCGGAGGAGAUGCGCCGGAGAAGAGAAGAGGAGGGAAUCCAGUUGCGGAAACAGAAACGGGAGCAACAGCUCUUUAAAAGACGAAAUGUGGAACUUAUUAAUGAAGAUGCUGCUAUGUUUGACAGUCCCCUAGUAGAUGCCUUUGUCAGCUCCACCACGGGUGGGGAGGGUGUGAUCACAAGAGAGAUGGUGGAGAUGCUGUUUUCAGAAGACCCCGAUCUUCAGUUAGUAACCACCCAGCGGUUUAGGAAACUACUUUCAAAAGAGCCCAAUCCUCCAAUAGAUGAAGUGAUAAGCACUCAGGGAGUGGUAGACAGGUUUGUUGAAUUUCUCAAGAAAAGUGAAAACAGCAUAUUACAGUUUGAAGCUGCAUGGGCAUUAACAAACAUUGCCUCAGGCACAUCACUACAAACCAAAAUAGUAAUUGAGGCUGGGGCAGUUCCAAUCUUCAUUGAGUUGCUGAGUGCUGAUUUUGAAGAUGUCCAGGAACAGGCUGUUUGGGCACUGGGGAACAUCGCUGGGGACAGCUCUGCCUGUCGUGAUUACGUCCUCAACUGUGGCAUCCUCCCUCCAUUGCUGUUGCUUCUUACAAAAUCUACCAGAUUGACAAUGACACGGAAUGCAGUCUGGGCUUUGUCGAACUUGUGCAGAGGGAAGAAUCCUCCCCCUGAAUUUGAGAAGGUGUCAUCCUGUUUGCCAGUCUUGUCACGCUUGCUCUUUAGCAGCGACUCAGAUUUACUGGCAGAUGCCUGCUGGGCCCUUUCCUAUCUGUCGGAUGGCCCCAAUGAGAAAAUCCAGGCUGUCAUUGAUUCAGGCGUGUGUCGGCGACUGGUGGAAUUGCUGAUGCACAGUGACUACAAAGUGGCGUCUCCAGCUUUGCGAGCUGUUGGCAACAUUGUGACAGGGGACGAUAUCCAGACCCAGGUGAUCCUCAACUGCUCAGCCUUGCCGUGUCUCCUCCAUUUGCUCAGUAGCCCAAAAGAGUCUAUCCGGAAAGAGGCGUGUUGGACUAUCUCUAAUGUCACAGCUGGGAACAGGGCUCAGAUACAGGCAGUCAUAGAUGCCAAUAUUUUCCCAGUGCUGAUUGAGAUUUUGCAGAAGGCUGAAUUCCGCACGAGGAAGGAAGCUGCCUGGGCAAUUACAAAUGCAACGUCGGGAGGAACUCCAGAGCAGAUCAAGUACCUGGUGAACCUGGGCUGCAUCAAGCCUCUGUGUGACCUCCUGACAGUGAUGGACUCCAAGAUUGUUCAAGUGGCCUUGAAUGGCCUGGAGAACAUCUUGCGGCUGGGUGAGCAGGAAGCCAAGCAGAGCGGCACUGGCAUCAACCCCUACUGCAGCCUCAUUGAGGAAGCUUAUGGCUUAGAUAAAAUAGAGUUCCUCCAGAGCCACGAAAACCAAGAGAUCUACCAGAAGGCCUUUGACCUGAUUGAGCACUAUUUUGGCAUCGAGGACGACGACUCCACUUUGGCCCCCCAAGUAGAUGAGAACCAGCAGCAGUUCAUCUUCCAGCAGCCCGAGGCUCCCAUGGAAGGCUUCCAGCUAUAACGCCUGGGCCGUACGCAAGGGGAGGAAGAACACCACCACGGCGCACGGCUGGAAAGUUUGACUGCAGAGAGCCUCCAUAACCCCCAACCCUAUUCUCUUCUCUGCCAAGCAGAAGGCGGCAGCAGCCGUUCCACCUGUUGAGAAGACAGCUUUUUCCUUCACCGACCCGCGGCGGCUGUGCUUCGCUCUCAUGAAGAGGAGAUUAUUCUUACACACACACUACUAUUUGCUCCCCUUUGGCUGCUGCUCAAUGUGGGGGGGAAAGAAAGAAGCAGGUGAUGAAGCGGAUGGAAAGAGGGGUGUCGGAUCGGUUACACCUUCUCGCAUGUGGUUCCCCCCCACACCAGUUUCUCUCUCUUAUUUUUUUGUGGUGUGUGUGUUUUUCCCCCUCCUCAAAUAUGACUCCUCGCUUAAAGUACUUGAGGGACGGCUUCCUUUUUCCCAAUGGGGAGGAGGUGAAAAAUAACAUAAAUCAUAACCAAGGAAUCUACUUUUUUUUUUUUUUUUGGGACGCUUGAGUUCAACUAUUUAAAAGAUUUAUGGGUUUGUUUCCUCUUUUUUUCCCUUUUGGUUUUGCACAUAUUAAUUUUUAUUAAAGACUCUUUAUUGUCAUUUGCCAAAAGCACCACUUUGGCCCACGUUGUUUUCGUUCUUUUGGAACCCCUUUUGCCAAACAGCACCUUUUCCAAGGGAUUUUGGGGCAGAGUCACUGCUGCUUUUGUCCUCUCCACUGUCAGAAAUGUCUCCCCAUACACAGACUGCAAAGGGGGGGAAGAAAUUGAGCGAGUCCGCCCCACCAUGCCUUGAGGAAGACGAGUUUUUGCGUGGGUUGGGGGGAUCGUUUUUCUUUUGUUCCGGCCAAUUUCCUUGGGAGUUCAGGCAGGACAACAGUCCCCGGCCGUCUCCUUGAAGAACUGGGCGCAUGGGGAAGACGGCUCAAAGAUGAAAAGAUAGAUUCAAAGCACAGCUCCCGCUCAAGGUGGGCUUCACUUACAUUUGCUACUGACUGACGGGUUGGAAAUGUUGGGGGGGGGAAGAAGAGGAAAUGGGGGAUAGAAAGAAAUAAUAAUAACCCAUCUUGCAUCUUUACUUGAAGAAAAACUUUACUGAAGCCUUUUGAUUUGUGUCGUUUUGUUUUGGAUUGUUCUUCCCUUUGGAUAGCUGGGGCAGGGACGCGUUUCUGACGCGUUUCUAGGGGAGAGGGCCGUCGCUGCCUUUGGCGGCGCAUAGUCCGCUCUCGUAUCCAAAGGGUCGGGUAGCCUGCGUGUUUCUCAGAAUUACCUCUCCUGCUCACAACUGUAUUGUAGACAUUUUACUUCAAAAUGAAGACGUCAACGCUCUGUAUUUUUUAUAUAUUAUAUAUACAUACACACACGUAGAUAUUUGCUUAAUUCGGUCUCUGGAGGGGGAGGAAAACCAAUUCUUCUAAGGUAUAUAAAUGAAGAUAUACUGCGUGGCAGGCCUGCCUAGGAAUGUGGCCACGAAACAAAAAUGCAGAAGGACUUUUAGUUCCCCAAUUUGCUUACUUUGUGAGAUUCGUUAAACACUCCCUUAAGAGCAAGGAAACUGUUGAAGAUUAUAUAUUUGGGAUGGGGAAAAGGUCCCUUUGUUUGUCUUAAUGUGUACAGUGGGCACACCUCACCUCUCUUUGCUCUCCGUAAUUUGAAACCAGGGGUGUCCCUGAAGCUUUCAAGAACUGGUAUUCGUUGAAGCAGGCGUGUGGAGCUGGGUCGGGCUGUAUUUUGUAAUAAGAGAGAUGCUUUUCAUUGUUAAGAAAACAAAACAGAAAAAAAAUGCCAAGGAAAUUUAAUAAACUACAUCUCUGCA